CAGGUGUGGCACAAACAGGUAGACAGUCUGGKUUUGUUCGCGCCGUAAACCCAGUCUGUUCGGACAGGAACUGUGCGUCCCACAGGAAGAGGAGAGGGAGGAAUCUCGCUUGUUUGUUUGUGCCGAGGAAGGAAGGAAGGAAGGAAGGAAAAUAAGCAAAGUUCUAAUUAAAUCCGCCCGAGGAGUGCCUGAACUGUUCCGUGGGUUUCUGUUCGUGUUCUGACCGUCGGAACCAGCAGCACUCCACCUGGUAAAGGUUCAGAUUAACCCUUUGAGGACAGCAGAAGUGAUGGAGGAGGACGAUGUGGAGCAGCAGGAUCCGCUACGUAGGAACAGAGAGGAGGAGAGGAAGAAGGGCUGCUGCGAGAGGCUCCACCUUUCCAUCUCCAAAUGGAUGCUUCCAGAAGACCACCGGGAGAAGUACCUGGAACGUGCCAACUGCUGCCCGCCCCCCAUCUUCAUCGUCCUCAUCAGCGUGGUCGAGAGUGGAGCACAUUGUGGGCAACCUGCUGAUGCAGCUCCUGCUGGGCAUCCCGCUGGAACUGGUCCACAAGGGAUUUGAAGUGGGGAUGGUUUACAUGUCCGGAGUUCUCGCAGGUUCUUUGGCCAGUUCCAUCUUUGAUCCUCUCAGUGCUUUGGUCGGGGCAUCCGGGGGAGUCUAUGCUCUGCUGGGAGGGUAUUUCAUGAACGCAGUGGUGAAUUUCCGAGAGAUGAUUCCGCUUCUUGGAAUUUUUCGAAUCCUCAUCAUAGUACUUAUUGUCGGCGCAGAUUUUGGGUUUGCCUUUUACAGAAGAUUCAUCCAACAUGCAGAGGGUUUACAGGUGUCGUUUGUGGCUCAUUUCGGUGGAAUCAUCGCCGGGAUGACUGUAGGCUACGUCUUCUUCAGUGCUUACAACAGUAAGCUCUUAAAAGACCCUCGCUUUUGGAUUUGUAUAGUGGGCUACAUUGUUUUUGUUCUCUUUGCUGUGUUCUUCAACAUCUUCAUCUCUCCAGCACCAACAGGACCAUAAAAAAACCGAUCUUACAGAUCCAUCGUGUCACUCAGGAGUUUAACAUGUUAAUKUAACACAAGCUUGGUGAUAAAUUCACUGGGAUGUGUGAAGCCACCAGCUGUUUUUUUAGGUCAUUUUAUGGAACAGAUGUACAAAAUUUAAACUUUUUGCAACACACACAC